AGCUGGCAAUAACUUUGCAGGGAGAACGAUCGGUUUAUGUGCCUCCAAAAGAAUGAUUUUGUAACAGCAGUCGUGUUAUCGUGUGAUAUUAGGUAGCUUAAUCUCUUGGACAGCAGCACGUACUGCAUACAGUGAAGAGAAAGCAGAAACUAUCAGCUAUGGGAGGCGGCGGCGGCGGCCAAGGCGAUCACCAAAAGCAGCCGCUGCUCGGCAAGCUCUCGGAGCCCGGCGACAGUUCAUCUGAGAAGCGCCUAGUCAAGAGAACCGGCACGGUAUGGACGGCGAUGGCGCACAUCAUAACGGCGGUGAUCGGCUCUGGCGUGCUGUCGCUGGCGUGGAGCGUGGCGCAGCUCGGCUGGGUCGGCGGGCCGGCGGUCAUGCUGUUCUUCGCCGGGGUCACCGCGGUCCAGUCCUCCCUCAUCGCCGACUGCUACAUUUCCCACGACCCGGAGCGCGGCACCGUCAGGAACAGGUCGUACAUGGACGCCGUGCGGCUCUACCUAGGUGAGAAGACCCGGUUGUUCUGCGGUUUUUUCCUUAACUUCAGCUUAUUUGGGACAGGGGUGGUGUACACUCUCACCUCCGCCACAAGUAUGAGGGCGAUUCAGAAGUCCAACUGCUACCACAGGGAAGGCCACGACGCGCCGUGCUCCGCCGGAGGGGACGGCUACUACAUGCUCCUGUUCGGCCUCGCGCAGCUCGUCCUGUCGCAGAUACCCGACUUCCACGACAUGGCGUGGCUCUCUGUCUUCGCGGCCGUCAUGUCCUUCUUCUACGCCUCCGUUGGCCUCGGCCUGGGUGUCGCCAACGUGAUCGCAAACGGGGUGAUCAAGGGCCGCAUCGGAGGCAUUCCCCUGGUGUCCACGACACAGAAGGUGUGGCUAGUCUCGCAGGCCCUCGGGGACAUCGCGUUCGCCUACCCCUUCUCCUUGGUGCUGCUUGAAAUAGAGGACACGUUGAGGUCGCCGCCGCCGGAAAGCGAGACGAUGAAGACGGCGUCGAGGGCGAGCAUCGUGAUCACCACUUUCUUCUACCUCUGCUGCGGAUGCUUCGGCUACGCGGCGUUUGGCGACGGCACCCCGGGCAACAUCCUCACCGGGUUCGGCUUCUACGAGCCCUACUGGCUCAUCGACCUCGCCAACCUCUGCAUCGUCCUCCACCUCCUCGGCGGCUACCAGGUAUACUCGCAGCCGGUAUUCGGGUUCGCGGACCGGCAGUUCGGUGGCGCCGAGUUCGAGGUGCGGCUGCUCGGCACGCGCCGCGUCAACGUGUUCAGGCUGUGCUUCCGCACGGUGUACGUGGCGGCGACGACCGCGCUGGCCGUGUGGUUCCCGUACUUCAACCAGGUGAUCGGGUUGCUCGGCGCCUUCACCUUCUGGCCUCUGGGCAUCCACUUCCCCGUGGAGAUGUACCUCGUGAGGAACAAGGUGAUGCCGUGGACCAAGCAGUGGCUCGCCAUCCGGGCAUUCAGCGCCGUCUGUCUUCUCAUCAGCGCGUUCGCCUCCGUCGGCUCCGCCGUGGGGGUGUUCGGGUCGGAGACGAGCUGAUUUAACUCUGCAAACUUAGUUGUCGCCCAUUUUUCAGAUGGGAUGGGACUGCAGCGACAUGUUCUGUACAUAUAUGAUAAUGAUACUUCGUGUUAGCUACAAUCAGAUUAGACUUUCUACGAAGAACUUCACGUACAAAUUGGUGAAUGGUAAGGCUUAAGAGCGGGCAAGAUGGCACUUUUAUGGUA